GCUGUGAAGUGCAGCUGUGAAUGGCCAAAGAUGCUUUGCUUCAGCUGUUGAAAAUUUGACAACUACAAAAACUCUUUGAUUCGGUUCUGUUCUGUUCCCAAUAAAAUGAAAAUGGAAUCAAAUGAAGGGUGGAUUGUUUGUCGCGUGUGCCUGAAUAAUCAUGCCGACAGCGAGGACAUGCUCCAGGAUAUAUUCAGCCAAAAUGCCAACACACGUCUUGACCAGAUGCUCCACAUCUGCGCAGGGAUUCCAGUCAGUGCCGAUGACAACUUCCCGGACAAGAUGUGCAGUAAAUGUGUGCGCUGCCUGCGCUUGGCCUUCAAGUUCCGCCAGACCUGCCAAAGAUCGCACCAGCACAUCUCGGACAUGCUGGCCAGGCGCGGCGGCGAAGAGAGUGUCUCUAGUGUCGAGGACUUUGCUGCAGAAAAUAUCUUCAAGAUAUUGGAGGUACACACAGAUCAACUAGACAUGUCUAAUGUCAAGGUAAAGGAUGAGGAGGAGGAGGAGCCACAGGAAGAGACUGUCAGCUUUAUAGUUACGCCGCACGAAGAUGACGUCGGAGGAGAGGGCGAGGGGCUUGAUGCAAUUGUAUACGAUGUCACUGGGGAGGACGACACGGAGACCAGCGUGGACUACGAAGACGCACAAACUGUGAUCGAGGAUCCGGAAACGGAAACGUAUACCGAAUACGAGGAAUAUGAACUUUUGACCAACGAAAACGAAUCCACACCCGUGCACAGUACAGACGACCCAGCAGGAAAAUCUCCCAGAACACGUUCCCGCAACGUCUACCCAGUCGAACCGCCGGACGAUGAUAUGGCCGACGAUAUACUCAGCUCGGACGCACACAGCGACAUGGUCGACGAUAAACCGAAGACAUUGAAUCGAUCGCGAGCGUCGCGGGCUAAACGUUCAGGCAAACUCGGAUUAAUUGCCUUGGACGGGGCACACUUCGAGAAGAAGCUGGGACGCAAGCCGCGGGACAAGCUCAGCACGUACAUAUGCGAUGUAUGCGGAAAUAUCUAUCCGACCCAGGCCCGUCUCACCGAGCACAUGAAGUUCCACAGUGGCGUCAAGCCGCACGAAUGCGAAAUCUGUGGACGUGGCUUUGUACAGAAUCAACAGUUGGUGAGGCACAUGAACACGCAUACAGGGAAUCGGCCGUACAAGUGCAACUACUGUCCAGCUGCCUUUGCCGAUCGCUCCACCAAGACCAAACAUCACAGAAUUCACACAAAGGAGCGUCCCUAUGAGUGCGAUGUCUGUGCUAGAACUUUCACUUAUUCGGAUAAUUUAAAGUUUCACAAGAUGAUCCACACAGGCGAGAAACCGCAUGUCUGCGAUCUGUGUGGCAAGGGCUUUGUCAAGGCCUACAAAAUGCGCCUCCAUCGGGUGACGCACGAGAAGCGCGGUCCCUGGAAGUCUUUAGAAACGGAUACGGAAAACACCGCAAAAUCACAUGGCAUUAAAGAUGAAGUUCCCGAGUUUCUCAGUUAGUCAUAGUUUUACAGCGACCAAAUAUGCCUUUGUCGGAGGAGUAUGAAAAAUGGCUGCGUUUUUAAAUUACUUUACAUAUAGUUUUAUUAAAUUAAUUUUAGUGUGAAACAAACUGAUGUGCAGUUUUUUUGUAGUAACUUAAAGAUUUAACCAGGCCUGUAACUUGUAUUUCCUUAGUUUAUAGUACUUAGGAGUCAACGAGUAUAAUCUUUCUAUCCGAACAGUGCAAAAGGAAGGAAUUGUGUAAUUCAUCUUCUGUAUAAAACAAGUGUAAAUAUUCUUAGAUGUGUAGGUACUAUAUCUUGCUCACCUAUCAAAUAAUCUACCAAGUUUGUAUCUUUUUGUUGUACUAUAAAGCUGCCCUGAACUACG